GGAACCAGGCCCGUAAAGAGCCAAACCGGCCAAAACGAACGCGCCCUUAGUUUCCUCCAAUUUGCUUGCAACCGAACAACAUCGGGUCCAUAUUGUCAUAUGUACCAACGGUCCAACCCCAAGCAGCGUCUCGAGAAGAAGUUCCGUACCCUUCACUCCACUAUUCCGGUCAACCCAUCCCUUUCCUCCGCCUCCGCUUCCGCGUCCGCCCGCCGCUAUGCCGCCAGCCAGUAGCCUCACCGCCGACCAGCUCAGCUUCUUCGAGGCCAAUGGGUACCUCGUGAUGGACUCGUUCUCGAGCGCGGAGGAGGUGCGGGAGAUGCGGGACCGCAUGGCCGACCUUGUCGCUGGGUUCGAUGGCGCCAACUCCGCGGUGUUCUCCACCAAGGAUCAUCGGCAGUUAAAGGACGACUACUUCUUUAAGAGUGCUGAGAAUAUCUCAUUCUUCUUUGAGGAAAAGGCAUAUGGAGAUGAUGGAUGCUUGAAACAGCCGAAAGAACUUUCAAUUAAUAAAGUUGGGCAUGCAUUACAUGAACUUGAUCCGGUGUUCAAAAAGUUUUCUUUCUCAGAGAGUGUUGCAAGCUUGUUCUCUUCUUUAGGCUACAAGAGGCCUGCAGUCAUUCAAUCUAUGUACAUAUUUAAGCAACCAGGUAUUGGUGGUGAGGUCGUGCCGCACCAGGAUAAUACAUUCCUUUACACGGAACCUCGUACAUGCACAGGGCUGUGGCUUGCACUUGAAGAUGCAACAAUCAACAAUGGUUGCCUGUGGGCAAUUCCAGGAUCACAUAAAAAGGGUUUGGUGAGACGUAUGGUCAGAGAUGAAAAUGGUACACAUUUUGAUCGGCCCUCCCCAGUCUAUGAUCAGAAAGAAUUUGUACCGCUGGAAGUAAAAUCUGGUGCUUUGGUGGUUAUACAUGGAGAUCUUAUACAUCAGAGUUUUGAGAACCUUUCUCCAGCGUCAAGACAUGCAUUCAGCUUACAUGUAGUGGAUACUGAAGGAUGUAAAUGGUCCGAAGACAACUGGUUAGUUCAUAUUCAUAAUGGUAUUAUUGAAGAAUUCUUUAUUUAUAAUACUAUUUUGAUUUUCCAUUGUCCGUAGAAGGUCUUGGCAUAAUUGACUAUCAGUAUUAUUUGAGUUUAGAAAUGCUUAUAAAUUCUGUAUUCGAUCUUGAAUGGGAUGUGGCUGGUACUAUUUUCCUUCUGAAAUCAAGCUUGUGACAACAGAAUUAUCGCAUUGAUAUCUUUGUAUGAUACUCCCGUUCAUAAAUAUAUGACACCAUUGACUUU